CUGAAGGACUACAACAGUUUUUCCCUGCCACCGCAGUCGAUGUUCGGCGGACUGGAUGAUGGGCUCUUGUCGCAGGCCAGGGUGGAGGCCCUGGCCGCAGUCGACAUUUCCAAACAGGGACCCGGGGCACUGCCCCAGUUCAAGCACGAGGUCAUGUACCAUCAUCCUUCGAUGGGCAACCCGCACCCACCGCCGCCCAACUCCCGGCCUCAGAUGACGCCACACGACAUGGAGGGCCUGCAGAUGCUGGACCCAAUCUCCUCCACAUCCAUGGCGACUCUGACGCCCAUCUCCGACUCAGGCGUGAGUUCCCCGUCGCACCACCACCACCACCACCACCACCAGCUCCACGCGUCUGUAUACACACACCCGGCCAUGACUUCCAUGAUGGGGUCCCACGGCACCCUGGCACCACACCCGCACCAGACUCACGGCGUGCCCAUGCACGAGAACGAGCUGGACCCGCGGGAGCUGGAAGCAUUCGCCGAGCGGUUCAAGCAGCGCAGGAUCAAGCUUGGUGUUACCCAGGCCGAUGUUGGUCGAGCAUUGGCGAAUCUGAAGCUGCCCGGGGUUGGAGCGCUGAGCCAAAGCACGAUAUGCAGAUUCGAGUCCCUCACCCUGAGUCACAACAACAUGGUGGCCCUGAAGCCCAUCCUUUUGGCGUGGCUGGAAGCAGCCGAGGCGGAAGCGAAGCGGAACGAGCGCGAAGAAGGCUCGCCUUCCGUGUUGCCGAGCGGCGAGAAGAAGCGGAAGCGGACGUCCAUCGCGGCGCCGGAAAAGCGGUCGCUGGAGGCGUACUUUGCCGUGCAACCCCGGCCGUCGGGCGAGAAGAUCGCCGCCAUCGCGGAGAAGCUGGACCUCAAGAAAAACGUCGUCCGUGUUUGGUUCUGCAAUCAGCGGCAGAAGCAGAAGCGGAUGAAGUUCGCCGCCCAACAUUGA